UGGAGAGGGAGGGAGGAGAGAGCAAGCGUCAGCACUCCAUGCGUUAAAAGGGCAGAUGGUAACCGCGGGUAACUGAGGAGCAAACCACUCUGCUGGCCACAGAGCAAGAGAUCAGCAGAGAGAGGGAGGAGGAGGAGGGAGGGAGGAGAGCGAACACAUGCAGCGCAGGCAGCAGAGGAGAGGAGAGGAGCAUCUGAGAGGAAGCUGCACGCCGCCUCUGACAGAAAAAGACUGAGCUCUUCUUCUCCUCACUAACAAGGAGGCAAAGAGAGAAACAAAGACAAAGAGAGAAGCAGAGGAGGAGGAAAAAGUACCCCUGCUUUGUACUUAGAGGGAGGGGAAACCAAAGAGGGGGUUGAAGUGGAGAGAGAGAGAGAGAGAGAGAGAGAGAGAGAGAGAGAGAGAGAGGAAGGCAGCCGGCGGGAGAUAGUUAGAGGAACUGCAAGGCUGAUCAAUGAGCAGGCUGAGAUUUCGGCAAGAAAUUUCGACUCAGCAAGAAUAAGAGGGAGGAGGAGGCUGAGGGGAGCCAAUGACAAGGAAAGAUUGAUGAAUGAAAGAUGGGGGCAAAACAUCUGGAGAGGAAAAAGAAGUGAGAAAUAAUUCAAAGGAGACCUAGAGAGAAUUUGAAAAGAGAAUAAAAACAUUUAGAGGAAGAGAAGCCGGAUAAGAGAGGAGCGGAAGGAGGAGCAGAGGGUGAAAUAUUUAAAAAGAGACAGAAGCUGAGGGAAGACGAGCGGAGAGUCAGAGAGUCACCGGCACAAAACUUUGAGAAGAGAGAGAAUAAAUCAGAGCAGCAGCAGGAGAGGAGGGGGGCACUUCGCUCCUAGUUUUUCUCUUUUUGUUGUUUUUUUUUUUUGUUCGUGUUAUUUCUUCAGUCCCUCCUCUUCUUUAUAAAGCAGAGGAGGAAAUGAGGAGAGCCGGAGCAGAAUAUUAAGGAGGAGAAGAAGACGACUUUUUGUUUUCUUUUUUCUUAAAGUAGCACUAGAUUGUUCUUUUAGUUUCAAAAAGUUAAAUCCAAUGGCGUGCUACUACAUUGUGAUCAGUUCCACCCACCUGCGUGACGGACAACUGAGGAGCAUCAAGGGGGUGUUCAGAGGACCAAUAGGAACCACUGGACCAAGAAACACGGAGGAGGGAGACUCCAGCCUUUACUGCGAACUGUGCAAUAAGCAGUACUUGAGACACCAACAGUACGACAACCACAUCAACUCCUACGACCACCACCACAAGCAGCGCCUCAAGGAGCUGAAACAGCGGGAGUUUUACAGAGCGCUGGCCUGCAGGAGGCAGAGGAGACGCAGGGAGGAGAAGAGGGAGCAGAGAGCGCUCAGGAGGCUUCACAAGGAUGAGGAGAGGAGGACAGGAGAGUGUGCUCCAGGUUCUGGUCCCAUGUUCAGGUCCACCACAGUGGCAGUCGAACCAACAAACCAGAUGAGACCAGCCUUUAUGCAGAACUGGGCAGACAUCCAUACAAGCGGCUCCACACUGGGAACAAACUCUCAAACUCAACUGAUCCAGCCUUUCCUUCCCUUGGACCCUGCACUGGAAACCAGACUCCUGAGCAACACACAAUGGGGGUAUGGCCAAAUGGAUGCCAACAACACUGCUACCACUGCUGCCGAGUCUUGCAUCCUCAAAAAGACCCAAAUGGACUACAAAGACCUGACAGCAGCAGCUAUUACUUCCAAUAGCAACAGUGACAACAUCAUGAACACUGAUAAGACAACAAACUUCUACACUUCUAACAAAAGCCACCAGUUUAACAAGAUCCCUUGGGCUCAUACUUAUUUAAGCAACCCCAUUACUCCCAAUAACAUCCGUUCAACUGCCACUGAGGCUGCCAUUAAUGGCUCCAUUUUUAACACAGCCAAUGUCACCAACUUCAGCAACAAAGUCCAAACCACCACAGCUGCCAUUACAAACACUACCGAUAUUAAUGUUACAAGUAGCAAAGCAGUGUGUGGACCAGAAGGAGGCAUCAAGUCCGUCCUUAGCAGAGUCCGUCCUGUAUCCUUCUCACUGCCCAAAAGGAGCUGCGUCCUGCUCCAUCAAUCAGCUGCCGUCUUCAUCCAAGCUGGGCGAAGCUCUGACCUGUCGGGGAAGCAGGGGGGGUUUAAGGCACAAGAACAAGCCAAAGAUUUGGAGAAGAAAGUUGAUCAUCAGCGGCUCAAAUCUCCAGUACCUGCAAAUGUUGCCAAUUUAGGUGUGAAUCAGUGGGACACUGGAAACCAUUGCAGUGUGGACAGUAAAAUGGCGGUCCAACACUCUGAGACUGGAGCCAGUAUAUCUACUGAGAGUGGAACUGAAGCAGUCUCUCGGACUAGAGCCCCGGUUUCUUUAUGUAAUUCCAGUGUGAUCAGAGUUGGAGACUCUGUUAUGAGUGGGAACAGAGCCCAGUUCUCCUUAUGUAAUGACAAUGGGACUGGAGACCAAGUCGGCCUUGAAAGUAGGACUGGAUCUCAUCUUUAUUUAAACAGUGGGAUAUCAGGACAGGUUUCUGAUAUUGUGAGCACAGUUGUGACUGAAAAUUCGGUAUCCAGAGGCAUUAAGACAAAAAUGGAUCACGAUGUGAAGAAUGGGACUGAGAUGAACCCCACCCAUGGACUGAGGGAUUUGCUUUGCCCUUCAACUAAUCAGCCUCAAAAAUCCAUUUCUCUUUUGAAUGAGACCAAAGAGUCUUCAAUCCAAACACAGCCCAAAGAUACCAAUUCCUCUACAUCAAACUGGGACAAAGAUUCAAUUUCUUUGACUCCAAGUCGUCCCAAAGAGCCAUUUUGUCCUGUGCUAAGCCGAGAUGGUACCAGGGUUCUUCUCUGGCCGUCAGAGAUGGUCAGUUACACCAAGACUUCGCCCUCCAUCUCCUACAGCAUCAACCCGCUAUUGUAUGACUUUAGAGCACUUAACAGGACCAAGGAAGGGGUGAGGAAAAGAAAGAAGUGCUGGAGGAAAGGAUGGAGAGAACAAAGCCACCUGGGAUCAAACAAACCAGCAACCAACAAAGUCAGGAAGUAAUGGAGGGAGUAAGAGAAGGGAAGAUAGAUGAAAGGGAAGAUGAGGAUGAAGGAAGACAGGCAGGAAAUCCUGUGGAACUUGUUGCUGGUUAUAACAGUGUCGGCACAGUUCCAGAAAACAUCAACUACCGUGAUGAAAAUGCUUUAAAACUUGUUCCCAUUUCCUCAGAAUGCCAGCUCGCACCAACACUAGGCCUUCAAAAAACAGUGAGGAAGAGGAGGAGGAGAAGAAGGGGAGGGGCAAGGAGAGGAAUAAGAAAAAGGGGGAGAAGGAAAAGAGGAGAAGGGAAAGAUAGAAAGGACUCAGAGAGAGUGAAAAGGACAAUAACUAGUCUUUCUGAGAAUCAAAUGUUUGAGGGGAGAGCAGAAGAGAGGUUGAAAAGAGAGGGCACAGAAAAAGAUGAGAGAAGAGAAAAGGGGCUAUUAAGUAAUCUUGCAGUGCAUCGGCUGGUAGGAGGGAGAGAAAAGAAGAUGAGGGCAGAUGAGAGAAGGAUAAGAGGAGAUCAGACAGAGCACGAGAGGGCAGGCAGAAAUGACGAAGAGAGAGGAGAGCUAUUAAGUAAUCUUCCUGUGAAUCGGUGUAAUCGGUGUAACCAGCUGUGUCUACAGGUGAAAAGGGAGACCAGCGAGCAUCAAUCCCAGCAAUCAACCUUGGGGUGGGACCAGGGGCUCAGAAAGCUCCUCAGCAGGGGGGCAGCAUGUAACUCAGUGAUUAGCCCCAUCCCUGGAUCUGUUUUAGAGAUGCCACGCUGUCCUGCAAUUACACCCGACCCUGUUCAGAAUGACAGAGAGACGGGGGAGAUGAACAGAAAAAGAGACGUGGGGAAGGAUGAAUCGCAGAGAGAUGAGGAGCAAAGGAAUCCAGAGAAGACAGAGAUAAGAACUGUUCUGGAUUCAAAAGAGAACGUGUGUAACCUAGUGAUUAGCCGUGUUUCUUUUUCCUGUCGUGAAGCAGCAUGCAAGCCUGAAAUUUGUCUUGUUGAUACACCUCACAAGGAACCAGCAUGCGAUACAGCGAUUAGCCUUGUCCCUGCUCCCUUUAGAGAAACUGCAUGUAGUCAAAGGCAAACACUGCCUGCAGGACACAGCAAUCCAGUGUUAGGCCCAGCCCCAAGCUGCUCUGCACGACAGACAGAAACACAACUGAGAAUUGAACCUGCCUCUGCAGACAUGUCGCUCCCAGGUGAUCCCAAUUCAAAGGAAGCGAUGUCGAAGAGGACGGUAACAGCUAAAAGGAAGAUAGAAGUACCGGAGGCUGGGGAAGCACCGGCGAAGAAACAAAAAAGGGGAAGGAGACAACCAAGUGGACUCACAUGUAUGUUGAGGACUUGUGCCGAGAGACAGGGAAUAGCUUGUGAUUCUUUGACUUCUGUGUCUGGUAUCGAUCAGGCUUCUUGUAGGCAAGCAGGAAUACUUUUGGACAACUGUGUCAGUGGCUGUGCAACUGUGUGCAGUCAAGAGGGCAACAGUACUGACAAAAACACUGACUGCCACUUCCUGUACACGACAAAACACUUCGGGUGUCACAAAACAAAUAAUGGAGAGGGAACAUUUAAUUGUGACUCCACUGACGUACAGAGUACUAACUGCUGCUGUGAUGACAGUGAAGAUGGCAACUGCAAUGCUGAUAAACACAGACAAUUAAGCCCGGUCUCCCCUGGAGGCGAGGCAAAGAGGAAAUGCUGCGAUGAGAAACAUGUCAGCGUUUGUACCCCUUGUAACAUGCCGAAUGACAGCAAGCAGUGUGAUGAAAACCAUGACAGGGAUAAAAACCUCGGUGACUUUGGCAUGUUUAGAGCUACUUGUGACAAUACUUGCAACAAAAACGACCCGCACGAUUCCCCCUGUAAUGGUACAGAGACUAAUUCCAAGGAUCAUCCAACCCCUCUUCUGAACAAACUGCACUCAGCCAAAAAAAGAGAUGAAUUCAUUAUGAACGCACCUGUGGAUUUACUACCAAAAGACCUGUUUACCUGUAGCACUGAUGAUACACAUACUGACCAUUGUCAAUUCAAAACCAUGUCCAUUGACUCUAAUGCCAGUAAUCAUUCAGACGAAACAAAUUCCAAAAAUGGCUCCAUUGAAGUGGAUAAAGCCAAACUGCAGAGUCACAACCUCUCUGAUUCAGAAACUGAUCACAAAAGGAGUAUUGAUCAAAGCAACGGAAAUCACUGUGAUGCUAUUGACAAUGGUCAGUGUAAUCAUUUCCACAAUAAUCAUGUUGUUGAUUGUAACCGUUGUGGGUUGAAUGGUGUUGGUGUGAGUAUCGCAAGAAGUGCGAGUAACACUCCGGCACCUAUGAGCAUACUUAAGGAGCAGAAAGAGGAAGUAAGAGAUCUUGAAAGGGUGAAAAAGGAGGAGGAACUGAAACAGAUGGAGAUAAAAAGGGUGAAGGAGAAGCAAGAAGAGUGGGAGAAAGAGUGGGUGAGGAGAAAGGAAAAGGAAAAUAGGGAGAGAAGGAAGGAGAUGGGUUUUGAGCAUCUUCAUGCAGAAAAGAGGCCUCGCUUUCCUCACACCCUCCCUCCACACUGCAUCCCGUUCUAUAGUCCUCUCCUCCUCCAGCCUGCCCUCUCCUCCUCCUCCUCCUCCUCGUUCUCCCUCCAUCAAACGAUCAUCCAGCAUCACCUCUCCCUCCUCCCUCCUUCUUCGCACCCAACUGUCCCAUCCUACCCCCAUUUUCUCCCUUCUUUCUCGCCGCAUCUCUCGCCUUUAGCUCUUAAUCCAAACCCUGCGCCUCCGCCACCUCUUCCUCCUUCUUUCUACGCCUCAUCCCCUAUGCCUCUCUUGGACGCCCCUCAUCCGUAUCCACUUGCAACAGCGUUUCACCCCUUGCAAAGUCACCACCCAUCUUUGUAUCCCCCGCCCCAUCCUGCAGUCAUGCCCUUACAGAUGUUGUUUUAAAGAAAUAAAAUAAGCAAAGAAAGGAGUUCAUAGUCAUCUGGUGACAGCAGUUUUUUUUUUCUGCACAUCUGCUCGUCUGAAAUGCAAGGGAAAAUAAUUUCCUUAGACCUGAGUAAAAAUAACGCCAUGUUUUUCUCAAGGCCUAACCCCUGGUAACUUCAUCACCUGUCAAACCUCUCCAAGCACUGAUUCACACAUCAGGAAAAACGAUGGCUAAUUAUCUUCAUCAGUUGCAAUCCUGCUCAAAUGAGCCUCAGGUGUGCAGCCAGAGAAAUCAGGGUGGGGACACACAGCUGGGCUCGUUUCAUUCGGAACAAAUCAGUCGCUGCUUCUGCUUUGCAUUUUCAACAAGCGCCAUGCUCGAUUUAAACCUUUUUGGAAAUUUAAUCCGUGGUCUGUAACUUUAAAGGACAAAUCAAUCAUUGUACACCCUCAGGAAUCUUCAUUCUAUGAUAAGAUAUUCAGUUUUUCUAUCUUGGUUAAAUUUCCACUUUUUCUCUUAAGAGGCUCCUACUUCAGUUUUGUGAUUUCCUUCAUUUCCUGUGAAUGACUUUCAACGGCGACAUGUUGCUCUCAGCAGAAAGUUACCAAGAGCUGACGACCUGCUUUUCUGUAACUUCUUUCACCCAUGAUAUUUGCUAUAAAACAGACAGUAGUCAACAAAUGACGUUUUAAAAGCAGUGUGAGAUAAGACCAUUACGUAUGAGUUAGAAUUAAAAUGUCCAUCAAUAAAUAAAUCAAUGCCACCGUUUCCCAAAGAUAACCUCAUGUUUAUGAGUGUUGCCAUGACGGGGUAAAACUGACUCGCAUUUGGAAGGUCACCAACAGUUAAACUGUAUCAUUCAACUGCAUUCAUUGUACUAUUGCUAACUUCAUAAUGAAGCAUUAAUGAAGAACAAGUUUGGAAAGUUGUGAGUGAGAAUGCAUCUUUUUCUGUGCUAGAGAACUACAGACCUGUAACGGUCAUGCCUCCCGCACACAAAAAUUGACUGACUUCACUUCAAUGAACAAAGACAUAUUUAAUGUGCCGAAAAUGGCAAAUUUAAUCAUAUUCACAAGUAUCCUGCAUCGCCUCAAUAGGCUGUAUAAAACAUGGACCUAUUCUCAGUGAAGUCGUCUAUUGAUUUCUGAAGCCUCCUGACAAACAGCUACAACAAGCCCAACAGUCAAUCAGACACGCCACUUAUUAUGAAUAACUCUACGUGUGUGCCAAUAAAGACAUUGGCUAUUCAGACCAAAAUGUUUUUUUUGUACCCGGCUGUAAACAUUUUUAUUUCUGCUGUCAAAAUAGACAUUUUAAUAUGGGGUGUGUUUGGGACUUCAAGUGGACACUUGAACUGCAGUUUUUUGCACUUCCUCAUUGGCUUUAGAAGAAUCAAGAACUAUCAUUAUUUCAUCAACCAGCGGAGUGUGCUCUGCUUAACCCUACUAUGAAUGUAUAAUUAAGGCACUUCUACACAUUAGCUUGCCUUUUAGCCCUAGACGCUAGAGCCCACUUGAAGCAUCCAUAGACCACAUCGCCAUUCUACAAAGACCCUCUUCAUCUUUCUAUUAUGUCACCUGCCCCAUCAGUAAGUUUAAGUGGAAGAAAGAUCGUCUUAUCUCAGCAAACACACCUUCUGAUGCUGUCAUUAGUGUAUGAACUGUAGCUCAGCCUCUUCCUCUGGUGUGACUGUUGCACGACAGGGCAACAUUUUAAGUUUAGAAAUAAAUCUUUUGCUCUUUUGAGGGACUGACGGCAGCGUCUAACCUUUACUCUUGACAUAUCAGGCUGUUGAUUUUCUGCCAAUCUCACUCCACUGUACUAAAAAUACCCCAAUGAGGAUAACUUUACAUUCAGUGACUCAUCCAUGGAAACUAAGGCCAAAGCCCAACCGGCGAGUGAUUCAGCAUGCCAUGUGGAACACACUGCUUCAAUAGGGCUGUAAACGGUCAAAUACAGAGAGUUUAUUCAAAUCUGAAGCAGCAGACAUCGCAUGUUUGAAUAUAAAAUGGCUCAUUCUUAGUAGUUCCUUUAUAUCUGAGCAUUUUUACUGGUUGGACUUCAUCUUUAAAGCUCAGGGUUAGGACAAAAGUACAUAGGAUAAAGUGUGGAUCAAACUUCUGUUCAGUUCAAAAUUGUCCUCAGUUGGGUUUUAAUGCUACCUUUUUGGGAAAUGCAGCAGAAAAGUAUAAUAAGUAUAGUAAAUGCAGCAGAAAUACUUGAGUUUUUAUAAAACGUGACAGUACCUCGGAAUCUUGUAGUGUUCGGCGAGCUUUUAGUGGUGUGACUGGCAGGAGAAACAACGAGGGAAGAGCAGAGUGACUCCCACACUUACCCGCUCAUUUGUUUUUCUCCUCUGUUUUCUCUCCCGCUUCUGAAGUUGAACAUCUGGCUGCGAUGGCUUUGGGGCAUAGCAGGCAGCGCUGAUCCAUCUCAGUGACUAUAGAUUAUCCUGGUGCAGAAGGCGAUGAAAAACAAACCAAAACAUAAAAAAAUAUAUGCAUGAAAAACGGUCUUCAAGAUGCUGAUAUAGUGGGUGGAUCCACAUCCUUAUUCUCACUUGGAUUUCAGACGAGCACUGUAAAUUAUUUUGGUUUUUAUUGAUGCCAUAGGCUCGAACACACAGUGUUUCAACAUUACAGUUUUUCUGCUGCGGCUCUGGCCGCUCUGUUUGUCAUGACGACAUAGUUACACUGUGGGCCCCAGGCUGAAAUGCUUCUUAAGGUGAUCCUGAACAGAGUUAGCAACAUAAAACCUACAAAUGAUUCUCCUACUUAUGGCUCUGAGUGCAAGAAAUCACAAGAAUCUUAUUUAGCCAGCAUGACUGUGCGCUCAAUCUCUCCCUGUACCUCGAGGGGUUUGUUACCAUAUGUUCUCUAAGACAUAGGUUUUAUUUAUUAUUGUGAUCAAACUGUUUAAAUUAGAGAAGAACAGAAGCCGUUAUUAGAUGUAUUUUUGUAGAGCAGUCUCAAUUGAAUGAGGCAAAGUUUUUGUAUCAUGUACUCUGAUGCUAUUUUAGCGAGUAAAUGAACUCUACUUUGUUUGUCCUCUUGUAAAGCUGUUGUACAUACGGUGUGUUCUUUAAAAGUCCUUGUGAUCAAUUAAUGGUAUAAAACACCAUGUUUGAGUUACUUCAGGAAGCAGUUUUGUCAAAGAAAUGUCUUAAGGAUCUGGUGAACAAAUAAUUAGCAAAUUAUUUUAGUGUAAUCUAAUUCGAGCAGACUCAUAACCGCAGAUGUUAUCCCUACCAAUACAAUAGAUCAAUGAAAUCCAUGGAGAAAAGUAAAUCACUCUGAAAAUGAAAAUAAAUCAUUAGACUAAA